GGAUUCAGUCGGUCUACUAUAUAGCAUAUCCAACGCGGGAUCGUGAAAUUAAUGCGAAAUCAAAUUCCGGCUAAAAAAAGGCGGAGGUAUCCCAUCGUCGACAGUGAAGGAGCAAGCUAGUGGUGGCUAACAGGCUAGCAUGUUGGCUAGUUAGCCCACUGGCUAGCAGCUCCCAGUCGGGGGUGGUGAAUAUCGCUUGUUUGAUCAUUUUAGGGAGGAGAAAAGACGUUUAAUGUGAGAAACGGGUGUGCAUCAGGCCGUUUCUCCUUCCGGUAUGACAGACCGAGAGGCUCGUUCCCCAGGCACGCCAGAGCACUGUCUGAAGAUGGGCGUCACGUUAGCUUUAGUUUACUAUCAUGAUUGAAGACAAAUUGGAAGAUGCUUCAAGAGAGACAUAUAUGACACAAUGGUUCUGCUUGUGAACAUUGGGUUAGACCUUUCUUUUUAGAGGGCUAACGUUACCGAGGGUGAAACCGUAGCAAUCUGUACCCUGCGUGCUUCAGAUACUACAAGGUUGUAAACAACAUAGUCUUGAAUGCACACAGUCCUUGAAUGUGGCUGUGGCUCGGUGACAGGCAUGUAUAUUCUCUUCUGUGCUGACUGGUGACUUGAGAAGAGAGCCUGACCUUUUCACCUUCUUAUAAGUUGAGGCUUGCCGCUGGUGUCCCGUGACUUCAUCUGAGGCUCUAUCAUUGCAAUUAGAAACCUCCAGAAGACACGUACUUCAUGAGCGAGCCCUCUUUGCCGCGGCAAGAGUGGCACCUGGUACCAUGAGUGAGAAUGGCCCUCAUACCAAGCCCUCGAUGUACUUCGAGGUGAAGGUCGGCCCUCUGGACAGGGACGAGGAGGAGGAAGAAGACGAGGACAAGAUCCCCUUUGACAAGGAUGAAGAUGACGACGACAACCUGAUGGCGGAGCCCUCAUCGUCGUCGGGGCGCAUAUACGACCGCACCACGGUGCUCAUAGAGCAGGACCCCAUCCGCCUGGACGAGGAGGGCGAGGAGGACCACCACCACCACCACCACCACCACUGCGGCGGCGACGAAGAUGGGGUGACCUUCCUCACAGAGGGGGAGGGCGACGAUGAUGAUGAGGAGCAGGAGGAGCAGCGGUCGCUGGCCUUCAUGACCGACGCGGACGGCAUGUCCCAGGGCUACGUGCACCACACCAUCUCCCCCGACCAGAUCCAGUUCAUCAUCAACCCGGGCAACACGCCCAUGCCGCGGAACAUCGAGGGCGCCACCCUGACGCUCCACUCAGAGUGUCCCGAGACCAAGCAAAGAGAGGUGAAGCGCUAUCAGUGCAUGUUUGAGGGCUGCACACGGACCUACAGCACGGCGGGGAACCUGCGCACACACCAGAAGACCCACCGGGGGGAGUACACGUUUGUUUGCAACCAGCAGGGCUGUGGCAAGGCCUUCCUCACCUCCUACAGCCUCAAGAUCCACGUGCGCGUCCACACCAAGGAGAAGCCCUUCGAGUGCAACGUGCAGGGCUGUGAAAAGGCCUUCAACACGCUUUACAGGCUCAAAGCCCACCAGAGACUCCACACGGGAAAGACGUUCAACUGUGAAUCAGAGGGCUGCACCAAGUACUUCACCACACUCAGUGAUCUGAGGAAGCACAUCCGCACCCACACCGGGGAGAAGCCAUUCCGGUGUGACCAUGACGGUUGUGGAAAGGCCUUUGCUGCCAGUCAUCAUCUCAAAACGCACGUACGGACACACACAGGGGAGAAGCCGUUCAACUGCCCCAGCGACGGCUGUGAGAAGACGUUCAGCAGCCAGUACAGUCUAAAGAGCCACAUCAGGGGCCACGGCAAGGGCCAGCCCUUCACCGUCACACUCAGCCACCCGCUGUCUGAGGAUGCCAAUCACUCGCUGUGUCUCAGUGACCUAAGCCUCAUCUCCACUGACUCUGAGCUCAGAGAAAACAUCAACAACGCUCAGAACCUGGACCUGAACAACGUGACGCCAAUCAAGAUCUUUGAGCUCAUGUUCCAGAGUCCGGAGAACAGCGUGAGCCAGGACGACGGGCCUUCACACGAAGGCCUGGUGGAGUCCUUCAUCCUGGAGACCAGCGCUCGGCCCGGGGCCGGCGACGGCUCCUCCAUCCUCUCCUUCUCCUUCAGCCCCGUCUCCCCCCGCCCCCACGGCGCCACCGUGGUGGACACCUCCCACGCCUCAUGCUGUCAGCCCCCCACCCCGAGCUGUACGCAGUCCAGCUCCGCCUCCUUAGCCCCCGUGCCGGGCCCCCCGCCGGCCCCCGCUCUGCCGGACCCGCCCUCGGCCCAGCCCCCGCCCGCCGCCCACACCCACCCCCCGCCCGCCGCCCCUGGUGACCUGGCGGUGCAGCAGCCCCCGGCCCCCCAGCACUUCGUCACCCUACCACCUUCCUACCUGCACCCCGACGGCCAGCCCACCCGGACCGUCCCCCCUCCCCUUGGACCGCCUGUGGCAACGCCUCCGGACCCAGCUCUGGCCCCCCCGGCCUCAGCUCCCUCCACCCUUCCAGCCGCAGAGAUCCUACCGCCGGCGGCUCACCCCAUAGCAGUCCCCUCCAUACCCAUCCCUGUUCCCAGCCUGGCCCCCGCCCCCACCACCUUCACCAUCGCCCCCACGCAGAGCCUGCUGCAGCCCAGCCUGGUCAUGUCCGACCAGAACCUGCAGUGGAUCCUGAGCAGCGCCGCCAACAGCCAGCAGAACCCCGACCAAGCGCACCCAGGAGCUCCGAAGGUAGAGAAGGUCUUCUUUACCACCGCCAUCCCAGUAGGCGGCAGCGCAGGCAGUUCGGUGCAGCAGAUCGGUCUCAGUCUGCCCGUCAUCAUCAUCAAGCAGGAGGAGUCGUGCCAGUGUCAGUGUGCCUGCCGAGACGCCGUUAAGGACAGAGCCCCUCCCACUGCCGCGUUACCCCGGCAACAACCCCCUGACCCCGCGCCGCCGCCUCCUCCUCCUCCACCACCACCUCCAACGCUGCCUUCGGAGCCCUCGCAGCCGGCAGACUCAUCUCCACCCACCGCAGGAGGCCUCCCUCCGUCUUCCUCCCAGCCGGCGGAGGUGGUCCUGGGGGUCUCCUCCUCCUCCUCUCCUUCGCAGACGUUGGCCAACAUCGACGUGUCAGACUUCCUGUCGCUACAGAGCCCCGAGGCGGCGGCCAACAUGGCGGCUCUUCUCCUCGUUGCUGAGGAAUUCAACAUGGCCGCCGACAAUGGCAGCAGCGGUAGCGGUGGUGGUAGAGAGGGGGACGCUUGAGUCCAUCACUGUGCUCUUGGCUCCGUCCUCUCACACUUUCCCACCGCGGCCGUCGGACCCCCGCAGUGCAUUCUGGAUCUCAUUCCACGGGGAGCGCCGUGAUCAAAUGAACCGCGUGUUGUUCAGCAGCAGUGUUAGUGCUCGCGUGUUACUUCUGAACGGGGAGGGGGGGCACGAAGCGGGCGUGGGGGGGGGACUUGGAUAGCUCUAGCCUAUCCAUUCAUAAGCCCUCCCCCCACCCCACCCCACCCCUAUGAUGUAUCAAGUUCCUGUUGUCUAAGCACUGAAAAUCAAUUGAAAUUCCAUUAUGAGACGUGAAAUUUAGAAGACUGAACUUGACCUGAAGCUUUUUAUUGACUAUCCUAGUACUGUACCGCGGGAACAGAAUGCACUGUGAGGACGUUGAUGGAUCCAGGUGAAUCAGAAAUGGGCUGGCAGCAGAAUGCUACCCGGGGUUGGGGGUUGGGGGGGGUUAGUCCCUUUUCAUGUUGUUAUUCUGUCUGCACCUCCAACAUAUGAAGUAGGCUCCUCAGUUUUUGAAAAGACGAGCGCAGUCCACACAAUGUGACCUUUUCUCUUCAGUUUCCUCGAUCCUCCGCUGUAAGCGCCACUAAUCAACACCACAAUUGGUUUGCCUUUCUUUGUUUUGUUUCACUUUUGAAUGAAUUUAAAUGGAGUCACGCGCAGGUUACCUUGAGCGUCAACUAAUAAUUUAAUUUGUUAAUUUAUUGAAAAUGCCUGCUCCUUUUCACAUGCCAGAUUUGAUGUAAAGGACGGCGGAGAAAUAAUUUUGAAUUUUGUAAUUUAUUUCAUGUCUACCUUUUAGGUUACUUUCUUUUAUUGUGUUACUGAUUUCCUUCUGCAAACAUGAUUGGACCUGCUAAAAGUGUGUGUGUGUGUGUGUGUGUGUGUGUGUGUGUGUGUGUUGCAGAGAGUGUGUGAAGGCAUUCUGACGUUCUGUUUGGGGCUCCAUGUUGAAUAGCACUUUGACCCUCAGGGAUGCAUCGACUCCUAGCUGGGCCUGACCACCUUCGAUCAACUGACCUUUCUUUAGCCCAUACAGUUCUUUAAACAGGCGCCUAAACACUUGCAGUUUCCGGGAUGUUUGCUGCCCUUACCCCUGUCCUCUGCCUUUUGCACACAAACACGCUUUCUCUCCUGCGUCACGCGGCCUCCUCCUCCACAGCCCCGGGUCCCAUUGCUGUACCGGGAGUGGGCUCUGACCCCGUCUCUACUGUAAAUACAUUUAGCGGAACCUGUAGAUCGUUUGAGAGUUUGUAUUUUUGUAUAGAGUUUUGAAUCCCAUCCCCCUCGACGGGUUUGUUGGAAGGGGGGGGGCGGGAGGAGGUGGGGAGUCCAGUAGCCACUCCUCACCUUGCACCCCUCACCCCCAGACCAACUCUUAUGCAGAAGAGUUUAUCUGUAAGUCGCCGGUCCGCUCGGGCUCGUGUAGGCUAAUAGUAGUGAUAUUGAAAAUAUAAAGCAACAGCUAGCCUCGCGCUCAGUUAUAUAAACAGAGGGACACAAUGCAAUGAUGAGCGAGCAGAGCAGAAGGCCCAUGGAGACGGUGCGUCUCGCAUAGUGGUGCCCCUCGACCUUACCCCCGGAGCCGGGCUGCGUGUCCACGCAGCCCGCCCUGCCUUCUCAGCCUCUGGCACGUCUCUGACAUGACUAGCCUCACUCACACAGGCCAAUGUUUGACCUAGUAACUGGCAUGCCAUGCCAAGCAAUCUUAUUGGUUGGAUAAUCACUUUAUUGCGUAUCGGAGCGUCGGGACUCGCCGACGGGAACGGGUCUAUUCCAAAGUUCUGACCUGUUUGAAUCCAGCGGCAUCCCGGCUUCAGAGAGUUAAAGUCCUGCCAUGUUUUCUGCCCCACCCAUGCACUCAGAGCUGUUUUAUCACACGAGCUGUUGAACCCCUUGUUUGUGAUCAGCAGCUUAUUCAGAAGGAUGGCCCCCCUGGAUGGGGACUUAAGUUGUGAUGCUAUGGUUCCACCUAUGCCUGAAUUAUACAUGCUGUGUCACGCCCAGCCAAGAUCUGUUGGACCCCUCCCCUGGUUCUUCCCUCCAGGGCGAGUGGUCGCUGGGAAUGGAAACUGCCAUCCAUACGUUCAUGAACACAAUGCAUACUUUAGAGCUAAAUACUAUGCAAUUCCUAACCAUUGCCAACAGUGGCACUCAGUGACGAGUAUUCACAGAUCAAACGGAAAACUGUCUAAAUUGAAAAAUGUCAGCUGGCUCAUUUCCACGAGGUAGAGCAUUCUGUAUUAAUGUAUAAUGCUCUACCCUCAACAUGGUGUCAUGAAUUUCAAUGUGCACAUGUUUUUUUUUUUUCAUAACUGCGAUUUCAUUUAGAGUGGAUACUUUUGGGCAUUAAGGUUGACUAUUGUUUUGAAGUGCUUACCCAUGCAUUAUGAACCGUGACUUAACCGUUGUGCACUAUUACCUAUUGGCUCAAGUUACUUUCUGGUGACAUCACUUACCAUAGUUUGUGUAGAGAGACAGUCGUGUUCAAAUUAUUAACAAGCUAGACUGCAUAUUGUAUUUUUUUCUAAAUUACUUCCAACUGGAUUGAAACUAUUUCACGUAACUACGGCCGUUUUGACUUCAAUCAUUCACAUCGAUAGCAACUGGUACCUGCUUGGAAGAGAUUGUUUAGCACACUGGCAUUCAUGGAUUACCUUGACUUUUCAAAUGGAUUUUUAUUUGCAUUUACCUAUCACAUUAAGAGAACUUUUGUUUAUGGGGUGACCUGUACUGCUGCCUAUCUGAAAGAUACCGGAGGAAUAGUCAUAGAAAAUAUGAAAAAAGGCUAAACUGCAGUUAUUGGUUCUCAUAAGAAUGACACUGGGAACCAAACAAUGACAUUGCCUUGAUUUUGUUCGAUUUGUUGCCACCCUUGUCAUUUCACUUUACUUAUUGGUUCCUCUUUAUAUGACUGAUUAUCUUGAAUCCGAAAGCAACAGAAAUUCUACAAUAAACUCUUGGGAGGUGACAUGAUUAAGUCAUUCAACAAAUCAAACAUUGGCUUUGCCUUUUGUAAGUUUAAGGUUGUCGAAUUUUGGUCAUUAAACAACGGAAUGGUUCUAAAACUGGCGAACUACAAAGUUUAUCUGAAGGGAUAACCGCUUGUGAGCAAAACACUGGAGACAUUGAUUUGGGAGCAGAAAAGCGAUUUGGAAACCUGUGCAUCGGAGAACUUGAUUUCCAAAUCGGUCGAUCGAGGGGCAAGUCUGCUUCCAAUUUAAUGUCUCGUCACCCAAAGACUGGGGAAUUGUAAAGAUUAGUAUUUUUUAAAGAAUGUAUAAUGUGAAAGUUUGCUUUUGCUUGUUUUGUAUAAGGUAAUAUUGUGUAUAAGGUAAUAUUGUGAUCAUUGUUAUGAUCAAUAACUUUGAAUUGAGAGCAAUAUACUAAUUAAACCUGAUUCUUGUCACAGAAA